UCAAGGACAAAGACAAUGUCUUGGAGUUUCAACUUCUACUCCAUGAUUGUUUAUGAUGUAACCGACCAAGUGAGCUUCAACAAUGUCAAGCAAUGGUUGAGUGAAAUAGACCGAUAUGCAAGUGAUAAUGUGAACAAACUUCUUGUUGGAAAUAAGUGUGAUCUCACAGCACAGAAGGUAGUUUCCACAGAGACAGCUCAGGCUUUUGCUGAUGAGAUUGGCAUACCUUUCAUGGAAACAAGUGCAAAAAGUGCCACUAAUGUAGAACAGGCUUUCAUGGCUAUGGCUGCUUCAAUCAAAAACAGAAUGGCAAGCCAAAAAGAGCGGUUGUUGUUCAUCUUGAAAGGACGAAGCUCUGUUGCCUUGAUGAUGAUUCUGAUGUGGAGUUGUGGUGAAGCUGAUACGCAACAACACAAAGUACCACUUAACAAGCCUAGCCACAACAGACAAGAAUGA